AUGGCUCCCAAGCUGGGAGUGAGCCUUAUAUUCCUGAAGCCCAACCUGGAGACGCUGGAUUUCUUCGACCUGCUGUGGAUCGUGGGGAUUGCAGAUUUCAUACUCAAGUACAUCACUGUGACCCUCAAGUGCCUCAUUGUGGUCCUGCCCAAGAUCAUCCUGGCCGUCAAGUCCAAGGGAAAAUUCUAUCUGGUCAUUGAAGAGUUGAGCCAGCUGUUCCGAUCCCUGGUCCCAAUCCAGCUGUGGUACAAGUACAUCAUGGAUGAUGACCCCUCCAAUAGCUACUUGCUGGGUGGAGUCCUCAUUGUCCUCUACAGUCUCUGCAAGUCAUUUGACAUCUGUGGCCGUGUUGGCGGAGUUAGGAAAGCCCUGAAGCUCCUCUGUACCUCUCAGAACUAUGGGGUCCGAGCCACCGGGCAGCAGUGCACAGAAGCCGGUGAUAUCUGUGCCAUCUGCCAGGCAGAGUUUCGGGAGCCUGUGAUUCUCCUGUGUCAGCACGUGUUCUGUGAGGAGUGCCUCUGCCUGUGGCUGGAUCUGGAACGCACCUGCCCGCUCUGUCGCUCGGUUGCCGUGGACACCCUGCGCUGUUGGAAGGAUGGGACCACGUCAGCACACUUCCAGGUGUACUAG